AUGUAUGGGCAGCCAUUUAUGUUUACUUUCAAAGGCCAAAAAACUUUUAAGACAAACAUAGGCGCAGCUGCUACAACUCUAAUAGUAAUCUCAGUAGUUAGCUAUCUUAUCUUCAAACUUAGAAUAAUGUUUUGUAUGAUUCUAUUUGAUUAAUCAAUCUAUCAGUAAAACUUGACAAUAAAACUUCGAGAUUUCAAGCUGGGAUUUGAUUUAGCAUUUGGAGGAUACAGUGAUUUAGAUCCAAAAUAUGGCUCAAUUAUUGCAACACAUAAUGUGAAGCAAAGAUUUAAAAAUGAGACAACUGGUCUCUUAGAGGCAAAAAUGGUUUAUGAACCACUUGAAUUGGUAAGAUGUGGAUUACAGCAUUUCAAUUAUGAAAAAAAGAAUGAGUCAGCAUAUGAAGAUGUUGCUAAUCUUCUUUGCAUCAAAGAAAAAAAGUAUCUUAGUUUAGGAGGUGCAUGGACAACAAAUAGAUUAGAAGAAAUUCAGAUUGUAAUGAAACCUUGUGAAAAUAAAACUGAUAGCAAGACAAUCUGCGCCUCAUAGUCUGAAAUUCUUAAAUAUUUCUCAACAGUUGAUUUUCAAGUAAGAUUUGUGAAUCAGUACUUUGAUUUUAACGAUAUUCAAGAUCCAAUUAAAAAGUUCAUUGAAGAUAGAUACUUUAUACCUGUAUAGACUAAUCAGGAACCUCAAUUAUCAUGA